AUGACUGGCCUCGGAAUUUGCUCACCACUGGUAGCGGAGGCCUGGGCCCUACUGAAAGGUAUCCAGUUCGGCCUCUCCAAAGGCUUUUCAAAGUUCGACCUGGAAACUGACUCCAAGGAGAUAAAAGAAGGCAUUACCGGUAACAACAUAAAAGAGGUCAUCGCCCAGAAUAUACUCAGAGCCUGUAAGUUGGAGCUAUCCAAAGUCGAAGAUUGGUCUAUUUCGAAUAUUCUAAGAGAGCAGGAUAGGGUGGCAGAUGCACUAGCGGGUACAUCUAAAGGUUUACCUAGAGGUCUGCAUAUCCUCGAGAUUCCACCAAAUAACAUUGGCUUUCUGCUAGAUGACGAUGCCUACGGUCUUCCGGCCUGGCGUCAUGCCAUUGUAUAA